CCCCCCCUCCGGGCGCUGACGUCACCGGAAGCGGAGCCCGGAACGAGAAGCGGCGGCGGUUGGGGGGGUGGGGACGCACACGCGCGCGCGCCCCGCCCCCGCCAGCGACGGGCGCCAGAUUGUACUUCGAAAAUCAAUGUACAUUUACCUCAGUAUUUUAAAUCUGUUGACACUUUGGGUAAUGAUGGCUCAGCUUCAGCAAGGAGGCCCAGAUGAAAAAGAGAAGACUACUGCAUUAAAGGAUUUAUUGUCUAGAAUAGACUUGGAUGAACUAAUGAAAAAAGAUGAGCCACCACUUGAAUUUCCUGAUACUCUGGAAGGAUUUGAGUACAUUUUUAAUGAAAAAGGGCAGUUGAGACACAUAAAAACUGGGGAGCCAUUUGUUUUUAAUUAUCGUGAAGAUUUGCAUAGAUGGAACCAAAAGCGCUAUGAAGCUCUCGGAGAGAUCAUUACUAAAUAUGUUUAUGAAUUACUGGAAAAGGAAUGCCACUUGAAGAAAGUAACUCUCCCAGUUGAUGCAACAGAGAGUGAACCAAAGAGCUUUAUCUUUAUGAGUGAAGACGCAUUAACAAAUCCUGACAAGGUGUUGGUUCUAAUUCAUGGUAAUGGUGUGGUCAGAGCAGGUCAGUGGGCUAGGAGACUUAUAAUUAAUGAAGAUCUGGACAGUGGCACGCAGAUACCAUAUAUAAAGAGAGCUACUGAGGAAGGCUAUGGAGUAAUAGUACUGAAUCCCAAUGAGAACUAUAUUGAAGUGGAGAAGACAAAAGCCCAAGUACAGCUGUCUUCUGAUAGCUCAGAUGAACCUGCAGAAAAGAGAGAAAGAAAAGAUAAAAUCCAGAAGGAAACAAAGAAGCGCCGCGACUUCUACGAAAAGUAUCGAAACCCACAAAAAGAAAAAGAAACUAUGCAGAUGUAUAUUAGAGAUAAUGGAUCUCCCGAAGAACAUGCAAUUUAUGUUUGGGACCAUUUUAUUUCCCAGUCAGCUGCAGAGAACGUGUUUUUUGUUGCUCACAGUUAUGGUGGACUUGCAUUUGUAGAGUUGAUGAUUCAACGAGAGGCAGAAGUAAAGAAUAAGGUAACUGCUGUGGCGUUGACAGACUCUGUUCACAAUGUGUGGCAUCAAGAAGUUGGGAAAACUAUUCGAGAGUGGAUGCGAGAGAAGUGCUGUAACUGGGUGUCCAGCUCUGAGCCCCUGGACACUUCGGUGGAGUCCAUGCUGCCGGAUUGCCCCCGUGUCUCUGCAGGUACAGAGCGCCACGAACUAACUUCCUGGAAGAGUUUUCCAUCUAUUUUCAAGUUCUUCAGUGAGGCGGUAGAGGCAAAGAACAGUUCAGUGAAACCAACCCCAACGCGGCGCUCCAACAGGAUAAAAUAUGAAGAAUUGUAAAAGGAAAGGAGGGGAGGGGAAAAAAAAAAAAAAAAAAAAAAACAACAAAAACACACACACACAAAACACACCACCACCAACCACCUCUUCACUGCUUGUUUUCUGCAAGGAGUCUCCCAGCCCCUCAUUAGAUUGUUUUCUUCCUAGAGCACAGGGUCGUGAUGUAUACAUCUAAAUAGCGUUUUGCAUUAUUUCUAGAUGAGUGCAACUGUCAAAGCAAUAUGGGUUCACUGGUUGUGCUUCCUGUGGGCUGUAACUUGGAUUUCGUGCUGCCCAUCAGCGCGCAGAUUAAGGCUGACAGUGGUACUGCACAGUGCAGCAUGGUGCAGCUCUAAUUGCCCUGACAUAGCCCUGCACCAAGCUGAUGCCAGAAUUUAACAGCUUCGUUGUGGUCCUAUCGCCUGCAGGAUUUUUUGCUGCUUCCUUCUAUUUUGAGACAGAACAAAAUAGAAAUUACUCUUUCUCAAAAGACAGCUCUAACUCAGAAGUGCUAACCAGCCCGUGAUUUUACACCCAAUAAGCCUUCUCUUUCUCUGGGACCAAGUGGGAUCAACUGUUGACUCUUUCAUUUUCUGCUGGUAGGAGGGUCCAAGAAGUUUGGUCCAGAUUUGUAGGAAAGCCCCUUUGUUGUAGAGAUUUUCUCCUCCUGCCAGAUCAAUGGCAUUAUCUGUAGAUCUUCUCUUCCUUUUGAAAGCGCCACUUAAAAAAAUGCCUAUUCAUUAGCUGGCUGGAUCACACUGUGAAAUAUGACAGAGGGAAAAAAAAAAAAAAAAAAGAGACACAUUGCACAUUUUCCUGUUUAUUUUUAAACGCAAAGAUGCUUCCGUUUUCAUAUGCGGGGUUUGUAAUGAUUUUGACAUCCUGUGGUUAUUCCUUUUCCCUAAGAUCACGGGUUCGCCCCCGCUUUCCCAGGCUCUGGGGAUGGCGGGGGGGCGGCCUGUGGGGCUGCCCUGCGUGGGGACCCCACUCCACACUUGGGGUGUGGGAAAGAAGGGGAGGGGGAGGGGGGGAAGAGGGAUGUGGCUGCAGCCACUGUCAUCAGUGUCAGCAGCUUUUCUCCUCUAAAACAUCUGAUAAACGACAAGACCUGCCUGAUAGCGCGCGUGCUAAUUAAGCUCCUUAAUGUCGAUGAUGCUGAAUUAAAGUGAUCUUUUUCUUCAAUGGCUGUGCCCGCCUCACCUCUGGUGAUGAGGCGAUGCCCAAACACCAGGGUUUGGGACCCCCAUCCCAAACCCCUAUCCCCCCCUCCAUAUAGUUUCCUAUCCCACAACUGGAGGGUCUGGGAAUGGGUGUGUGUGUGUGUUGUUAAAACGAGAUGAUGUCCAGACCGGGGGUCCAGAGCAAAGACAGCAGUGGCCAUGGUGGGGUUGCAAGGGGAAGCCCUGCUGGAUUUGGGCUGAAAUCCUCCACUUGGGGGGCUCUCCCCAUCCCUCUGUGCUCAUACAGGCAUCAGAGUUUCCUGUAUGUCCCUCCCCCGCAUGCCCCCUGUCCCCUCCCCACCCCAAAUCCAGCCAUCUCUCUGCAUUUUAACCUCUCUCCUUUCCAAAUAUCCCCACCCCCUCCCCAAUCCUCCCCGGGCAGGGCGGGGGGGAAGGGUCAGGUCGUGCCUACUCGGAGGGCAGCGCAAAAUCUGCUCCUGGUGGUUUUUCUUCCUGGAGGGGAGCCUGUUGCUGCCCCCCCCCGCCUCCCCCCAUCACCACCGAGGUCACCGCCUUUUCUUCCCCGUCGAAGGAUGCUUCGGCCGGCCUGACCCGACCCCCCCACCCCAGCCUGUGCCCACCCCAGCCCCCCCGCACGCCGUGUGUGUUUUGGAGGGGUGGAGGUGGAGGGAGAGGAGGGCGUUUACAUCGCGUGUUUUGGGUGUCUGUGCGUCUUCCCACGGCCGGGAAGGGAGAGAUUUGCUCCCCCUCGCCCACUCCGAGGUGGCAAAAAUAAGGUCUCCGGGGUGCCAAAUGUCGCGGGAACGGAUCUAUUUUUGUAAGUGUCGGAGAAAAAAAUAAAUGCACAAAAAUUUUUACUGUAA